UGACCAAGUUAUGUAAAUAGAUGAGUCUGAUGAGUGAUAGUCAGAAUCCAACCAAGUGCCUUUUAAGUGAAGGUGAUGAGGAUUAUGUACCACACCCUCACACCUAAACAUCCAUUCUUCACUCGAUGCCGACUAGGAAACAAAGUGUGGCCGAUCAGAAAAGAUGACCGAAACCUGAACAUUACCAGAAGAUUCGACUGAUAAUAACCACCCAGAAAUCAAAUGGUCAAGUUCCUGUUAACCGACCCAUUAAUCCAACGAGUGACUAGGAUCUUCAACUCACUAGAUCAAUCAACAGUCGAUUCACUUCCAUCGGCCACGAAACUGACGUUCGAAAGACUAUUGCAAACGUCAACGAAAACAAUAGCAACAGCAUGCAAUCUGGAGACAAAGGAAACAGUCGAUCGAGCGUCGGAAGAAGAUGAAGGAUAUCGGUGGAUCGAUCAUUCUUCACUCUUCGUACUCUCCAAUGCUGCUGCUACUCAAGACCGUCGUUUGAAUCGAUCAAAAACAGACAAACAAUAUCAAGAAAACAGCUUCUUUGCUCUAAUCCAAACAUCACCACUGUAUUUCAAACACAAACCGAUUCGAGAAAAGUCAAACGAACUCAAAGCGAUCUUAGAAUCGAUUCAACUGAAGAACGAUCAACAAGAAUACGAAGCGAUGAUUUCGAUGAAACCGAAUAGCAAUCAUCAGGAACUAAGCUUAACAGAAAUCAUGCGGACCAGCGCAACAGAAACAGAGAAACAAGAGUGGAAACAGAUCAAGAAAUCGAUCACCUUGAUCAUCAACAUCCUAUUCUCUGUUGUCGGCACCAUCAUCUCUGUCUUUUGGUUGCUCAAUCACUCCUAUCAGUAUCCCUUCGAGAUCUCUGUCCUCGUCUCGUUCUCGCUUGGACUCCUGAUCUUCUUGGUUGAAUUGAUCUUGUAUUGGAAUUUCUUGUAAACUUCUUAAUCAAUUACUUAAGCACAUAAGAAUUCAUACCAUCCGGUCCAAGAAUCCACUAGUCAUAUGGAAAUUGUAGAUCAAGCGUCUGUAACUGUUGGAAUAACUGACCAUUGUCGGUAGACUGAGAGUCUUAACUAGACAAA